AUGCCCGCCAUGUGGGACAGCUUCAAAACUGGCACUGGCCCCAGCAUUCAUCAACAACCACCUCGAGAGCUCAAGAACCGACCCUUUCUCCGCCAGACCCAGAGUUCGAGUUCAUCACAAGCACUGCCACAGAAUAGGUCCACCACGAGCGUCAACAGCAGCAACGGUAGAAAUUUGAACAAGUCACGCGACAGCUACUACGACAACCAAACAUAUCUCCAAGACGACUUCGAAAACCGUCUUAACGGUCUCGGGAUUCGAAACGGCCCUUUCAGAUACGAAAUUCGACGUGGUAAGACAGUUCGACAACCAUACAGCGCUGGCCCACCUCGUCUCUCCCCUGCUCUCGGCUCAGACGACAUCCGAGCGAACGCUCCUCCCCGAAACCCUCGAAAAGGCGAGGACGACUCUCCUUGGAGACCUGCCUCGUCCGUUUAUCCCGACGACGAAUUCGACUCGAGCAAGCGCCACUCUCGUCACUUACACCAUCGAUUAUCUCGCUCCAAGGCGCCUGCCAAAGACAUGUACGGGCGUUCUGUCGAAAUCUCCCCUCCAAGCUCCCCCGAGUUUGAUGCUGCACGUUACGAACCAAACUCUCAAGAUGUUUCACCAAUCGAUGAGAGCCCAAAUUUAUCUCAGCUGGAUCUUCUAGGGGAACGCCGCCUCACUCCCCGACAAUCACAAACACACCUUCGUAGCCAAAUACCAACUAUGCGUCGCGAUAAGCCAACAAGCCCUGGUCAACCUUCACCACUUCGCACGACUAGGUCAACCGAUCAACUUGCAGAUAUCACCACUCCGUGGGAAACCAUGGAACCACCGGCUAGCUCAUCCGACAUGCCCCAGCAAACCUUUGGACUCACAACAGUCGUCACUGGACCGCAGCGUACCACUUCUGGCAAUCCUUCUCCUUCACUAGGACAGCGGAUUCGCAAGUUUGCUAGAGCAAAGCCAGAGCCUGUCAACACCAGGCCACCAUGGAAUGGGGCAAGUGGCCGUGCGCCUAUGGUCGAUCCAGUUCGGGACGAUCUAACUGUUGCACCAUUGAGCUUGCAGCGUAGGGUCAGCAAGCGUGUUGGGCUUGGUCGCGACCCGUCUCCUGAAACACCUAGCGGCAAUGCUGGAACAUCUCGACGACUCCUACCUUCACGGUCCACCCAGAACCUUAAGGAGGCUUAUAAAACACCAUCUCCCGAACUCAUUUCUCACUCGUAUCCCAGUCCACCCAAUACUGGCUCUCCUCCCUCUCAGCCCACGAUUACGCAUGCUGCCGCUGCACCCAUGCUCAAUCCUAAUAUGGUCCCUGACCAACUCAAGGCAGUCAAAAGGAAACCAUCGCCAUCGAGUCACAACCCACAUACGUCGUGGUCAAGUUCCGUUUAUUCCGCAAUGACAGAAGACACACUCCUCGGUAACAAACCGGCCAUUAGUUCCAUGGGGCCAGGAAGUCAGUCGACAACAGGAGACCUUUGGGUACAGCCUACUUCUCGCUUCAGUGUCACGACAUGUAACACUGCUGCUGUUGCUGUUGCUGCUGCUGAAACACCUCGUUUAUCCGACAGUGAAAGUCAAGCUUCUCCGCCGGACACACCGAAGCAGCAACCGUCAGUAAUGGAUCGUAGGAGACCAGUUCCCGGCGGAGAUAACUUCAGGAGAGCUUCAAACGUACCAAUCAUCAUAUCGAUGAAAUCAGCUUCGCCAUCUAAUGAUCGCCCAGCGUCUAUCAUUUCCACAGAUAAGGCACUUCCCCCUGCGCCGCCAGAGAUGCAGUCGGCAAACGAUCGUGUGGCAUAUCUCACGGCUAGGCUUGACAGUCUGGCGCACCGUCGCAAUAACAUCAACAAGAGUAUUAAGCAGAUGACAGAGUUGAUGCCCACAGACAGGCUUCUGUCUAAUACAGACGUUAUUCGCAAGCGUGAGAUUGAAAAGAAGAAGGUGGAAGGGCUCAAGGAGGAGCUGGCAGAGAUUCAGAGGGAGGAACACGACUUGGGCUUGAAGCUCUACCGAGCCAAUAAACGUCUGGAAAGAGAGGCGGCUUUUGAACCCUCAUCUCUCUGGGUUAGGCGCGUCACAUCAUAA